GGUGGACAUGGUUGUGGACACUGUAUGGCCGGUACGGUAAAUGCACAUCCAGCAGAGAAUAUGGUUGAUGGUAAUACGAGUUGGUGGCAAUCUCCACCUCUUUCCAGAGGAAUGGAAUUCAAUCACGUCAAUAUCACCAUAGAUCUUGAACAGGAGUUUCAUGUGGCUUAUGUUUGGAUUCAAAUGGCAAACAGUCCUAAACCAGGAACAUGGAUUUUGGAGAGAUCGACCGAUUAUGGAAAAACAUUCCAACCGUGGUAUUACUUCGCUGAAACUCCCGCUGAGUGCAUGAGGCAAUUCGGCAUGGAAUCCCUGUCACCAAUAUCUGAAGACGAUCGGGUGAUAUGCCGAUCCGAUCUUGCCGGGAUCCAUCCUUUAGAAAAUGCUGAGAUGGUCAUCAAGAUCUUGGAACACCGUCCUAGUCGUUUCAAGUUUGCCUCGUCGGAAGCUCUGCAGAACUUUACCAGAGCUACAAAUGUCAGGAUCCGAUUGUUGGGCACAAGAAAUUUACAAGGUCAUCUGAUGCAUUUGAACGAUAGAACGGAUCCAACCGUGACUAGAAGGUACUUCUACUCGAUCAAGGAGAUCCUUAUGGGCGGGCGAUGUGUCUGCAAUGGGCACGCCGGCACCUGUGAUAUUCUGGACCCAAGAAGACCCCGGGCCCUCCUCUGCAGGUUUCCGCCCAAUUCUUCUGAAAAGGGAGAAUGCAGAAUUCUAUUUUUUAGAUGCGAACACAACACCUGCGGUGACAUGUGCGAACGGUGUUGCCCAGGCUUUGAGCAGAAGAAAUGGCAACCUACGACCGCGCACAACAAUUUUACAUGUGAACCUUGCAACUGUUUUGGACGGUCGGAUGAGUGUAUAUAUGACGAAGAUGUAUUUGUAAAUCGCCUUUCUUUGGACAUUCAUGGAAACUACGAAGGUGGUGGACGUUGCCUGAAUUGUAGAGAUCAUACCGAAGGAGUGAACUGUAACAAAUGCGUAUUUGGCUACUACCGCCCAGCCGGUGUUAAUUGGAAUGACACAAUGCCCUGCAGGCCCUGUUCUUGCGAUCCCAGAAAGCAUACGGAAGAGUGCGAGGAAGAGACUGGGAAAUGCUUUUGUCAGCCUAGGUUUGAAGGAGAAAAUUGCGACAAAUGCGCUAAAGGGUAUUAUGACCCUCCAGAGUGCAAGAAAUGUGAAUGCGCUGUUAAUGGAACAGUUGGCGAUAUUUGCCUGCCUGAGGAUGGUCAAUGCCCAUGCAAGCCCGGUUUUGGAGGGACAUUCUGUGAGACAUGCGAACCUGGAUUCACCAAUGUGACCGCCGGAUGCAAGGAAUGCGUUUGCGAUGAAACUGGUUCCGCCCACUCAAACUGCUCCGCUACAAGUGGACAAUGUGUAUGCAAGCCGUCGUUUAGUGGACUUAUGUGCGAUCAGUGCCAAGCCGGUUUCUAUGGAUUCCCCAACUGCACAUUUUGUAAUUGCGACCCGCUCGGAACAGAAGGUGGCGUAUGCGAUCCUCACUCAGGUCAAUGUAUGUGCAAGGAUGGAUUCUAUGGAGAGAAAUGUGACCAGUGUGAUAUUGGAUUUUAUGGAUAUCCGAACUGCAAGGAGUGCAACUGUGUGGGUGCUGGUGCAAAAGCAAUGGAAUGCGACGCGGCUACAGGUCAAUGUCCAUGCUAUGCGAAUUUUACUGCUAGAACUUGUGACAAAUGCGCUGUUGGAUUCUAUGAUUAUCCUAAUUGCAAGGCCUGCAGUUGUCUCAUCGAAGGAGCGAAAGGCCAAGCAUGUGACAAUAAGGGAAAUUGUUAUUGCAAAAAGAAUUUUGAGGGAGAAAGAUGUGAGCGUUGUAAGCCCAAUUUCUAUAAUUUUCCCGCAUGCGAAGAAUGCAAUUGCCACCCGGCUGGUGUCACCUUGGAUUUUGCUGGUUGCGAUAAGGUGCGACCUGGUGAGUUAUGCUCAUGUAGGAAGAAUGUUGACGGCAGAAUCUGUGACCAUUGUAAGCCAACCUUCUGGGAUUUACAAUAUCACAAUCCUGACGGAUGUAUAGGUUAGUA